UCCUAGCCAUAUCAAGGUGUGUUUGUCUUUCCCUGCCCACCAUUUUAGGUCCUCCCAGAGCAGGUAUUUCCCUCACUUACCCACACACUUACACGCACACACUGCAGCUAUACAGGGGGGGUGUCUGUGGGCUGACUGUGUGAAGCACUUGCAUUGAUAACCUGCAGCUCAGAGUCACUCAGUCUCACUUUGUGGCCGUCCCCCUUGCCUGGAACUCCCUUCGCCCUGCUCUGUCUCCUUUCUGGCCUCUCACUCUAGGACUGUCCGUGGACACGCUCAGAUCCCUGCUUUUCCUCGUCACCCCUCUGUCGCUGUCACCAUGACGCAUACGCCACCGUUGUUCCUGCUGCUGCUCAGCAUCAUAGGGGCUCAGGCCGCCGUAGAUGUCCGCACAGCCGCUGCCAUGGCGGCAGGUUUGUGCAAAACUCGUCCCACAGACAUUGUGUUCAUCAUCGAUAGCAGUCGGAGUGUCCGUCCUUCAGAGUUUGAGCAGGUCAAAGUCUUCCUUGCUAAGGUCAUCGAGGGGCUGGACGUUGGACCCAACGCCACCAGAGUGGGAGUUGUCAACUACGCCAGCCGUGUCAAGAAUGAGGUGUCUCUCAAGACACACCGCACCAAAGCCGGGCUGAUUAAGGCUGUGACCAAGAUCGAGCCACUGUCCACUGGAACAAUGACCGGCCUGGCCAUCCAGUUUGCCCUGAAUGUGGCCUUCAGUGACGCCGAGGGUGCUCGUGUCAAAUCUCCUGAUAUCAGCAAGGUUGCCAUUAUUGUGACAGAUGGGCGUCCCCAGGACAAUGUAAAAGAUGUGGCUCAGCGUGCACGGGAUGCUGGUAUUGAGAUUUUUGCCAUUGGUGUGGGACGUGUAGACAUGAGCACCCUGAGGCAGAUGGCCAGUGAUCCUCUGGAUGACCACGUGGACUACGUGGAGAGCUACAGCGUCAUUGAGAAACUCACCAAGAAGUUCCAGGAGGCCUUCUGCGUGUCGGACCUGUGUGCCACUGGGGAUCAUGACUGUGAGCAGGUAUGCAUCAGCUCCCCCGGAUCAUACAAGUGUGCCUGCAAAGAAGGCUUUACCCUCAUGGACAAUGGUCGCAGCUGCAGUGCAGCUUGCAGCAACUCAGCAACAGAUGUGGUGUUCCUGAUCGAUGGCUCCAAGAGCGUGCGUCCUGAGAACUUUGAGCUCGUCAAGAAGUGGAUCAACCAGAUUGUCGACAAACUGGAUGUGUCUGACAGCAAGGCUCACGUUGGACUGGUUCAGUACUCCAGCCAAGUCAGACAGGAAUUCCCCCUGGGCCGCUACAACAACAAGAAAGACCUAAAAGACGCUGUGAAGAAGAUGGCCUACAUGGAGAGGGGAACCAUGACAGGCCAGGCUCUCCGCUAUCUGACAGACAACAGCUUCGGCGCUGGUCAAGGCGCCCGGCCUGGGGUCACCAAGGUGGGCAUUGUCUUCACAGAUGGACGCAGCCAGGACUACAUUGGAGAUGCUGCCAAGAAGGCCAAGGAGCAUGGUUUCAAGAUGUACGCUGUUGGAGUUGGCAACGCAGUGGAGGAUGAGCUGAAAGAGAUUGCCUCUGAGCCAACUGCAGAGCACUACUUCUACACUGCUGACUUCAAGGCUAUGACCCAGAUUGCCAAGAAGCUGCAGAUUAACAUCUGUCAAGAGGAGGACCCUUGUGAAUGCGACUCCCUCGUAAAGUUCCAAAAGAAAGUAGAAGACGCCCUACAGGCACUAACAAAAAAAUAUAUCCUUUACAACGGGUGA